AUGGGAGACUGGAACUUCCUUGGAGGGAUCUUGGAGGAGGUGCAUAUCCACUCCACCAUGGUCGGCAAGAUCUGGCUGACCAUCCUCUUCAUAUUCCGGAUGUUGGUGCUGGGUGUCGCUGCAGAGGACGUGUGGAACGACGAGCAGUCAGACUUCAUCUGCAACACCGAGCAGCCCGGCUGCCGAAACGUCUGCUACGACCAGGCCUUCCCCAUCUCCCUCAUCAGGUACUGGGUGCUGCAGGUGAUAUUUGUGUCCUCGCCCUCCCUGGUGUACAUGGGUCACGCCAUCUACCAGCUGCGAGCCCUGGAGAAGGAGCGCCACUGCAAGAAGGUGGCUCUCCGUCGGGAGCUGGAGGCGGUGGACGUGGAGCUGGCGGAGGUGAGGAGGAGGAUUGAGAAGGAGAUGAGGCAGCUGGAGCAGGGGAAGCUCAAUAAGGCACCACUGAGAGGUUCUCUGUUGUGUACUUAUGUGGCCCACAUUGUUACUCGCUCAGUGGUGGAGGUCAGCUUCAUGAUGGGCCAGUACAUCCUCUACGGACACCACCUGAGUCCUCUUUACAAGUGUGAAAGGGAGCCGUGCCCUAAUGUGGUGGACUGCUUCGUCUCCAGGCCCACAGAGAAAACAGUUUUCAUGAUGUUCAUGCAAGCGAUUGCCUCCAUCUCCCUCUUUCUCAGCCUUCUUGAGAUCAUGCACCUGGGCUACAAGAAGGUUAAGAAGGGCAUCCUGGACUACUACCCACAUCUGAAGGACGACCUUGAUGAUUAUUACGCCAACAAGUCAAAAAAGAACUCAGUUGUGCAUCAGGUUUGCACUGGCACCUCUGUGGGACGCAAGACCACCAUCCCCACAGCACCAAGUGGUUACACAUUACUGCUGGAGAAGCAGGGCAACGGACCAAACUACCCUAUCCUCAAUGCCUCCUCCGCCUUCAUGCCAAUCCAAGGGGAUCCUGGGGCAAAACCAGACAGCCGCAAGGACGGCAAGGAGGGAGUGCCGAGCCCCACAGAGCAAAACAGCAACUCCAACAACACAAGCAGUGAGACCCGUUCACCUCCUGCAGACAAACAGGAUGAACCAGAGAUGCAGUCUUCACCCCAUCACGAGGACCUGGAACGUGCGAGCUCUGAGUAUCCCACCCUCCCUGUAGCAGACACCUCCUCCUGCACUGCCCUGUCAGGGAUCGCCAGGAAGUCACGGAGGGUCAGCCCGCCGUGGAACUGCUCCACAGUGGUGGAGGGGAACGGCUCAGACAGUGGAGACUCCUACCACGGGAACAACAGCAGCAUGAAGAUACGCAGCAGCUGCGUCGGCCCCAGAACGAGGGUGCUGUCUAAAUCAGACAUUAAGAGACCAAGCAGAUCCCAGAGCCCAGACUCUGCAGGGGAGCUGAGUUCUGUAUCUCGACACAGCCGUGAGAGUAACAGCCCCACCGCCUCCUCCCCAAACCGCAGAGUGUCAGCGGCGAGCAGUGCCAGCAGCAGACGAGCUCCGACUGAUCUGCAGAUAUAA